AUGGAGAAUGGAGGCCACGUCAUGCACCUCAGCGGUGGCCACUGGAUGCCCUUGCUGGGUUAUGGCACGUGGCGCGUGGGGAAGGGGGCGGUGGGGCAGCUGGUCGACUGGGCCAUCGCCGAGGAGGGCUACCGGCACAUCGACUGCGCGUCCCUCUACAACAACGAACACGACGUCGGGCGCGCCCUCGCACGUCUCCUCCAGAACCAGCCAGCCGCAACGACCGCUGCCCCGCCUCCUCGCACCACGCCACAUGGCGGCGAUGGUGAUGGUGAUGGCGUCGGUGAUGGCCCCCAAAAGGUGGCGAGGGACGAGCUGUUCAUCACCUCCAAGCUCUGGAACACGCACCACCGGCGGGAGCUCGUCUUCCAGGCGUGCCGCAAGAGCCUCCAGGAUCUGCGGUUGGAAUACCUGGAUCUGUACCUCAUGCACUGGCCGGUGGCGAUGGUGCCCAACGCCCGGCCGCCGCUGCGCAAGGGUCGCUUCCUGCGCGACGAAUACAUCGACACCCAAACCUCCCUCCGCGAGACCUGGCUCGCCAUGGAGGAGCUGGUGGCGCGCGGGUGGGUCAAGUCAAUCGGCGUGUCCAACUUCACGGUGCGGCAGCUGGAGCACGUGUUGUCGUUUGCGUCGAUCCCGCCGGCCGUCAACCAGAUCGAGAUGCACCCCUACCUCCUCCAACCCGACCUCCUCCACUUCUGCCGCCAACACAACAUAGUGGGCAAGGAGCUGUUGGCCGACGAGACGGUGGUGGCGCUGGCGGAGCGAAAGGGGCGGACGCCGGCGCAGGUGGUGCUGCGCUGGGGCCUCGAGCACGGGGCGGUCGUGAUCCCGCGCACCGAGCAGCGGGCCCACAUGCGCGCCAACGCCGACGUCUUCUCCUUCUCCCUGGCGCCCGCCGAGAUGGCCCAGCUCGACGCCCUCCACCGCGACCGACGCUACAUCACCGGCUGGGUGCGCGAUCAAUGGACGUCCUGA